AUGGAAGGUCCUGGAGCGAGUUUAUUUCAAGGUGCCGCGAGUAUUCAUAUAAACAACAGUGUUCAAGAUAGACUUGAGGAACAAGAGGAGCUUGAAGACCAAAAGCGUCGUAAUGAAGAGUUGAAAGACAAGCUUGCAAAUGCUUUUGAUGAUUUAUUGGACGAUGAUGAAGGAAGUUCUGUAAAUAGUAGUGAAAAUUUUACAUUAGACGCUACACACACAAACGGAGCCCAGUUACAGCCAAGAUCAGUUCUACCUCCAACAUAUAUUGAAUCACUAAAUCAUCUAAAAGAAGCUUCUUCAGACUCCCCAAAAGCAUAUUGUGAAACUCCGAAAAAUCAUCACAUUUUGCAAGCCCAUCACGAUGAACCUGUUAAAAUGAUGACAUUCAGUCCGUACGGCGCUGGUGAUGCACAAAAUCAUUUUUUUCAUCAAGAUUAUAGAGGUCAUCACAAUGGUAUAAAUCAUUUGGAUUCAAGGCAAGAAUAUAUGAAUAAUGAACAAAUCAAAGUUAUGUAUGAGAUGAGAGUGAAAGAAUGUCAACAGCUAGCUACGCAAAUAGAAAAGCUAGACACAGAGAUUGAGAGCCUUCGUGCUAGAUUAACUGCAGCUGUCAAUGAUAAGGAUAAGGCUGAACUAUCACUUCAAGAAGCUCAUCACUUGCUUGCAUCAAGUAAGCACAAGUCUAUUGAGCUUGAGCAACAAUUGACAAGUUUGACACAGAAAUUAAUGGAAAAUGAACAAGAAAAGGAGCAAUUACGACUAGAGUUAAGGUCUGCGAACAUUAGUUUACAAGAUGUUCAGCAAAGACUUCAUACUCUUCAGGUUGCUCACACACAUGACACUGAUGCUUUAUUUAGAGAGCAGCAAGAUAGGCAUCGAGAAGAAAUGGACAGGCUACAAAAUGACUUGAUCAAAGCUAAAACGAGACUCGAUGAAAAAGAAAACGAAAUAAAAAUACUCGAAAAACGUUGCAAGGAGAAAGAUCGAGAGAAAGAAGAGGUACUUAUAGAGAAAGGAAGCACAAUUAACAGGUUAGCAAGUGAGUUGAAAGCUGCGCAGAGUAGACUUGUAAGUGGAGAAAGCGCAAGAUUGAAGGAGAAAGUGUUGCAAUUGACCACCGAAAGAAAUACCGCCAGAGAGCAAGUGAAAGAACUUGGAUCUAAAUUGGAGCUCACGGCUCACGAACUGGUGCUUUGUCGUAAUAAAUUAGCCAACAGUCAAAAGGAGUACGAGAAUUGGCGAACCAAUCUCAAUCAGAUCUUAAUGGAGUCACUGCCAGACUAUUCCUAUAAAAUAGGGGACCCACCGUCGCCAGGUAAAUUGGCAACAUUAAAAGAGGUUCUGAGUCGAUAUAAACAGCAAACACAAAAGUUGUCUAUGUUACAAGAGGAAAUCGUAAAACGUGAUAAAAAAUUAGAGCAGCAUCGAAAGCAAGAAAUCGAACUACGAUCCAAGAUUGAAGAGUACAAAGGUAUAGAGCUACAAUUAAAUUCCCGAAUAGCUGUGCUUCAAAACAAAUUAGACCUUCUCGGCAACAGCUCUAAUGACGAACUUUUAGAGAACUAUAGGCAGCAGAAUGAACAACUCAAAACAGAGGUGGAAGCAGUCCGAGCAGAACUUAAAUCGUUGGACCUUAAAUAUACAGAACUGGAAAUGGACUAUGAGAAAUUAAAGACUGAGAAAGGAAGCCGCGCGUCUAUAGUACAAGAAGCAAAUGCUGAUCUCUUGCGAGAGCUGGAACGCUAUAGCGCUCAGCUUAAAGACACUCUAAAGGAAAAUGGCGAACUUAAGAAUCUGUAUUUACAGGUAUGUAGUGCACGCGAUGCGGUGACUAGAGAACUAAAAGACCACCAAAUGAAAACACAAAAAGAAAGAGAAUUGUUCAAAACGCAAGAGAAAGAUUAUGUAGAGAGGAUAGAAAAACAAAAACAACAAUUAGAAAAACUAAAUUCAGACCUUUCUAAUACGAGGGAGGAAUUAGACAGAGCCAACAAAAGAAUUUCGGAACUACAGAAAGAAUUCACUGACAAACAAAAAGAGUUCACGGAGAAGUUGAAUAAAUAUUUGGAAGAUGAAAAGAGUGCAUUGCGAAAAGAGAUGCAGCCUUGUUUGCAGUGCGAGAAGCAAUUAAAACAUAUAAGAAAUUUAGAAGAACAACUUAAUAAAUGUACCGUAAGAUUAGCUACCCAAGAAAGCAGCGAGACGCUAAUGAAAGAGCUAAAAGGCAAGGCGGAAUUUUUUCAGCAGUACAUUGUGGAACGAUAUAAAAAACUGGUUGACCAACGCAGCGUUGCCACCAAUACAGAAGAAGUUGUCUUUCAGAGUUCUGGGAGCCUAGAAAAACUUGUUCAGAACUGCGACGACGCUCUAGCUACUAAGACUGCAGUUAUGAUGCGUGAGAGGGAAAUACGAGAACAAAUUGCAGAGAAAUUUACUUUAGAGAUAAAAACAAUGGAAAUGAAUUGCGCGAGACGUAUUAAAGAAAUAGAGUCCGAACAAUUGACCACUAUCACAAAGUUAAAAGAACUGUUAGAAAGAAAAGCAAGUGAAGUAGAAACGUUGAAAGAGUUCAUACUAUCAGAGCGUGCGAAAGUGACGCAGAUAUUGGAGUCUAAAGAAAAUGAAAUAUCUGUACUUAUAAAGGAGCAUAACGAGUUACAAAACGAAUUGCAGAGGGCAAAAGACAGCAGCGUCGAAUGGAGGAUUAAAGCAGAGAGGUACAAAGACAGAUUGUCUAGAUUAGGCUCUCUAGAAGAUAUGUUAAAGAAGGAAAAAGAAGAUUGGAAGCAAAAGACAAACAUGUGUGCUUCAGAAUGGCAGUCAUUGAAAGUCAAAGUGGCAGAAUUACAAGACCAGUUAAUUCAACAAGAACAGAUUUAUGCCAAACUGCAAACUGAAUAUCAGACUUUGCAAGACAAAUAUAGGAAUGCUAAGAAAACUGUUUACACUUACAAGGAUUAUAUGGCGAAGAAAGAUACACAUGUUAACAAUGAAAUUAAUAGAAUUCAAGACGAGUACAGAAAGAUUUUUUUGAAACUUCAAAAUCAGCUCAAUUACCACAUAAACUGUAGAAUACAGGAGGAGAAGAAUAGAGAGAAGAGGGCCCAAGUUCAACAAUAUCAAGAAUAUGACUGUACUGAAAUGAUAAAUAAACUAAAUGAAGAUUUUUCCCGCCUCGCGCAAGAUAAUUUUAAAACGGCACAAAAUAGCAAGUGA